UCCUCACCCUCCACGUCCCUUAUAGAUCUCAUUUGCAUGCACUGAAUCCUUCCCAUAAGCCUGUUUUAUCCAGCUCCUGUAAGUCUGAUUUCUUUUUUUUAACCACAGAACAGCAGUUUGUAUUGAAUAGAUUAUGGAUAUUACAGGUAUGUCCAGAAAUGUCUUCACUGAUCCUGACCAAAGCACAUGAGUGUUUCUAUAUAUAAAAGCACACAGUUCUGUUUACUGGAUUUAAAGUAAAUAAUAUGAGACAGUGUUUUUUAAACAGGAACACAAUUUUAGUGCAGCAGGGACAUUUCUAGACAUAUCCGUAAUAUAUUGCAAAAUAUUAAUAUUUUAUAAACUUAUAAGUAAACAUUGAGUAUACCCUUAAUGUUAUUAUGAACUGUGUAAACGCAUGAACUUUGUCUUCUUUGCAGAAAUCCGUCUACGAAAACUGGUGGAUGAACGUGAGCAUUUAAUAGAACAGGUGAAGACUCUGAAAGGACAACUAGAGCAAAAGAAAAUGAGACCUAAAAGAGAUGAGAGCUGCAGUCCAGAGGGAGAGGUCCUUGAGAACAGCACUGACGCAGAUGUCAUGGACAUGCAGAGAGAUGCUAACAGACAAGUCACUGAUCUCAAAUUCAAGCUGGUCAAAUCAGAGCAGGAAAUUACAGCUUUGGAACAAAAUGUCACAAGACUUGAAGGUCAAGUGACUCGGUAUAAAUCAGCAGCAGAGAAUGCAGAGAAAGUGGAAGAUGAACUAAAAGCUGACAAACGCAAAUUGCAGAGAGAGCUCCGAUCUGCAUUAGACAAAAUUGAAGAGUUGGAGGCAAGUAACAGCCACCUGAACAAACGACUGGAAAAGAUGAAGACCUAUCGAGGCAUGACAGCCUCACCCUAGUCUAGUCGCCUCUAUGUAGACCCACUCACAGCUGAACCUCCACUGUGCAUUUCACUGGCUGCUCUAAAGCAUGUUGUCACUUCUGUGUACAGCUUCCUGUGAUUUUGAGGGUUAAAUAUACCAAAAAUGCACCGAUACACUACAAGAUUAAAUUGUUUCUUAUUUAUUUUUAUUUAAUGGUUGUUCUCUAGGGGUGAAAAAAGGACACCUUAGUGAAGCUUUUAAUACUUGGAAAUCAAAGGGUUGCAAAGCUUUUCUGCAACUGCUCUAAAACUUGGUGCUAGUGGUAAAAGACAUGGCUUUGGAAGAACUGUGACUGACAUUGUAUUUUGUAUAGUACAGAUGGUGACAAAUUAAAAACCAGCAGAAGGUGUUGAGCAAUCACAAGCUACAGUACCACAAUAGCUUCAGUCCUAUAAAUUCAAGGCAUAAAUUCUUAUGUGAGAAAUAAGUUGCAUUGUUUCUAAAGAUAUUCCAUUGGAUAAUUUAAAAUUGUUGAAUGAUGGUUGAGAGUCCUGUCUAACAUUCUAGGAUCUCAAAUAGGUGGAUUGGGAUUUAUUUUCAUGUUUGAGGGUAGGAGAAAGGUGAUCAUUCAGACAAGUGGAUCUAAACUCUGCCAGCCAAACACACACGCACUGGACAAAGACACUGCUUUAUUUUCCUGUCUUCAAGUCGAUUAUAUGUGUCUGUUUUCAAACUGCAUCUAAGGUUAAAACCUGUGGGCACCUUUUAAUAUGUACUUGUAUUGUUCUUGAGUUGCUGAUAAAUGUUGUAUCUGAUCCAGUUCCAAUGAAGGGAUCCUAGAAAAAUAUGCACCAUGUAGUGACAUUCAAUGCUGCCAUAUCCUUGGUAAGAUAUUUUGUUCUUGGAUGAAGAUUUGAUCACCUUGGUUGUCCCAAGUACACAAAAACUCAACAUUAACAAUUAAGAAAAAAUUAGUAUUAAGCUCAGAAUCCUUGCUUGGAUGUUUUCAGAUAAUGGAGGGAGCUAAUACUUGAAAGAGGCUGUAAAGUAGUUAUGGUGCGCUUUUGGCUUUUUUUUUUUUUUUUUUUUUAAACAAAGCUUAAAACCUUUGUAAUGCAAAUUCUACUGUAUACUGUGCAAUAAAAUGUUCAACGAACAGUCAA